AUGGACGUGCAGACAGGAAAAAUAAUUGGUUUUAAAUUAGUUAAAAAAUUAAUGGUUCAAGGUGAUUUAGAACGUUAUGCUUGUGGAUCGUUGCUUAACGAAUUAGUUAAUGAAGAAAAUUGCAAAAUAGAUAUUUUUCUUACCGAUAGACAUAAGGGUAUUCGAUGUGACAUGAGAAUAAAUCAUUCGAAUAUUGAACAUGAGUUCGACAUAUGGCAUAUUUCUAAAAGUUUAAUGAAACGUAUGAAAACAUUAGACAAAAAAUAUCCUGAUGCGUUUUUGUGGAAAACCAGUAUUAGCAACCAUUUAUGGUGGUCAGCGCAAACAUGCCAUGGUGACGGAGAUUUGUUAGUGAAGAAAUUUACUUCUAUUUUGAAGCAUAUUAGUAAUAUACACGAAUGGGUUGAAGAUGGCGAAUUAAUAAAAUGUGAACAUGCACCACUAUCAAACGAUGAACAACGCAAUAAACUUUGGAUAAAUCAAAAUAGUGAAUCUUACUUUGCUCUAAAAAAAAUAAUCACAGCUAAAGAUUGUAUAAAAGACUUGGCACAUGCUAAACAUUUUAUUCAUACAGGGAGACUAGAGUCAUACCAUAAUGUCAGACUCAAAUAUAUGCCCAAAAGAAUUCAUUUGAAAUACAACGGUAUGUAUAUUAGAUCAAUUUUGGCAAUUAUUGACCACAACAGUAAUUUAAAUAAAAAUCCUAUUGGAGAAAAAGUGGUGUAUUCAAAAAGCCUUCGAAAAUAUACAAUAAAGACUCGUUUUGAACCAACAAAAUCAGAGUGGCGGCGUGUUCUAUUAGAAAAUAUACAAACUGCAAUUAGAAAUGGAGUACCCGUUGUUUGUGAACAGUUCACAUACAGUAAUAAAAACGCACCAAAAAAUAUUGCUCCGGUAACUAAGCCUGAUUUAGAUGAUCUAAAAGCGAAACGAUUUUCUAGAUUUUCGUCUAAUAAGUAG